AUGUGUGAAACAGGCUGUUCGGGGCUCUCGGCAAAGGAUCGACCCACUUCUGUUCUCGCCCGGGACCCAAAAGGGCUGCUGCUGCUCAAAAUUGAAACCGACGGUUGCUCGAUAAGAGCCUCGAGCGGCUGCUGCUCGUUGCCGGAAAAAGCUCGGGUCUACACGGUUAUGGCGAACGGCUGGGUGCACUCGUUCGCCGACAGGGCUGCUCGAAUCUUCGCUAAGGGUCAGCCUUUGACAGUCGCGUUCGGUCUCUUCAGCCGUCAGGAACUGAAGCUCUUCGCCGGCGUUUUCCCACUUUCGAUUGCACGAUCUCUGACGCCUGGAACUCGCCGGACUGGUGCUGCUCUUGCAGGAAAUCCCGUCGCUGAGGCUUGGUGCUCUUGCCGUCGGAUGGCCAGAGGUCUCGGAGGUCGUCGGCGUGCACGGACUCCUCGUAGCCAGAAAUGGCUGGCUCUCGAAUUCGCUGGGCGAUUUGCGAAAUCCGGAGGGGAAUUUAAGGGGCUCAAAAUAGGAGAUGCGGCUGAUGCUCUCAAUCCCUUAAAUAGGGAGUAUUAG